AUGGAUCCAACAGAAGACGAAUUCUAUAGCAUGUGCUUAAACCUGACCAACGAAGAAGCGAGCCUGGGCAGCUGCAACUUCAGCAGCGAAUAUGAAAACGGAGAAUUGUUGGAGAAGGUCGUGUCCAGGGUAGUGCCAAUCUUCUUCGGCUUCAUUGGCAUAGUUGGCUUAGUCGGCAAUGCGUUAGUUGUCCUAGUGGUAGCUGCUAAUCCUGGCAUGAGAUCGACCACCAACCUUCUUAUAAUCAACCUAGCCGUUGCCGAUUUACUGUUCGUCAUCUUCUGCGUACCAUUCACAGCCACAGACUACGUUAUGCCAAGAUGGCCCUUCGGAGAUUGGUGGUGCAAAGUCGUUCAAUACUUCAUCGUGGUAACAGCCCAUGCGUCAGUUUACACCCUGGUUCUUAUGUCUCUGGACAGAUUCAUGGCAGUAGUUCAUCCUAUAGCUUCAAUGUCCAUCAGAACGGAAAAGAAUGCAUUGCUAGCCAUAGCCUGCAUCUGGGUGGUGAUUCUGACCACAGCGAUACCAGUAGGUAUUUGUCAUGGAGAGAGAGAGUAUGCUUAUUAUCACAGGAAUCAUUCCUCUUGUGUGUUCUUGGAAGAGCAGGGAUAUAGCAAGCUGGGCUUCCAGAUGUCCUUCUUUUUAUCUUCUUAUGUCAUUCCUUUGGCGCUGAUCAGCGUUUUGUAUAUGUGUAUGCUGACCAGGUUGUGGAAGAGCGCUCCUGGUGGGAGAGUAUCAGCGGAAAGCAGGAGAGGGAGGAAGAAGGUCACCAGAAUGGUGGUUGUAGUCGUCGUAGUGUUUGCUGUAUGCUGGUGUCCAAUACAGAUCAUUCUCCUAGUGAAGGCGUUGGACGCCUACAACAUCACUUACUUCACGGUGACGGCGCAGAUCGUGUCCCACGUACUGGCGUACAUGAACAGCUGCGUGAACCCGGUGCUCUACGCUUUCCUGUCGGAGAACUUCAGGGUCGCUUUCAGAAAGGUCAGUCAUAUUUGGACCGUAAGCCAUUUAGAUUCUGGCAUUGAGAUAAGUGUAAGAUUUGAGAAGUUAUCAGUAAGAUCAGAACUUCUGGGACCUGGCCAGCUGGUUCACGGUGUUAAUAAUGAUGACAGUGAGUUUGAAGAAGAUGAUGAUUUUCCGCUUUCAAUGUACCUACCUACCAAACUAGACGAGACCGAACAUCAAACCGAAAAUUCCCUAAUUGAGUCAACCAUGAUGGCCGUAAAAGCGUAA